UUUGUCAACAUCCUAGUGACAUAACCAGACUCUCCAAAAUGGCGACGGUGGAUAACAGAGAAGCGGGUCAGGAUGACCCAGAGAGUGAAGAUGAGGUUUAUGAGGUGGUCGACCUGACAGAAUAUGCACGGAGGCACCAGUGGUGGAGCCGGGUGUUUGGGAGCAACUCAGGCCCGAUUGCUGAGAAGUAUUCAGUGGCUACGCAGAUCAUGAUGGGAGGAGUGACCGGAUGGUGUGCUGGCUACCUUUUCCAAAGAGUUGGGAAGAUUGCUGCGACUGCUGUUGGGGGAGGAUUCCUUCUUUUACAGAUUGCCAAUCACAGCGGCUACGUUCAGGUAGACUGGAAGAAGGUGGAGAAAGACGUAAACAAAGCAAAGAAGCACCUGAAGAAGAAAGCAAACAAAGCAGCACCUGAAAUCAACACAUUCAUUGAGGAGGUAAAGGCCACAGACUUUAUCAAGAGAAACAUUGUCUUAUCCAGCGGGUUCGUCGGUGGCUUCUUCCUGGGUUUGGCCUCCUAAAGAUGCUGACUGUGAAUCCACAUGGGUCACCUUCCUCUCCAUUGUUUACCUCUCAGCUCCAUGUGAUUCACCUUAAAACUGCACCAAACAGGGCGGGGGAACAUUCUAGCAUGAUGUGUCGUGACAGUGGUAUUUACUGUGUUACAUCUCCCUCCCGUUUUCUGUCACUACUUGCUAAUUAUUUCCUUUUUGGAUUGCACAUUCUGAAGUGAGAUUUAACUGUGAACACUUUCAUGGGUUGGCAUGUGUGGGUGCCGUUGUAAAUAUGAAGCCGACCCCUUUGCAGAGCUGUAAAUACCCACACAUGGACAAAUCUUCUAUAAAGAGUGAGGCGUUAACUCCCCAGCAGAGUGCUUGGAGGUAUUUUUUAAUGUAGCUGCGAAGUGCCAUAGAGCGUAGAGAUAAUGAAGAGUUUAUCACACUGGCUGGAGGGGUUGUUAACAAUAUACAACACAUAUCAUGAGCUUAAACCCCAACUAAAUGUUCCAUCUGUGAUUUUUUUCCCUCUAUUUUACACUGAAAGUGUUAAACAGAUCCUUUAUUCCCAUAAUCCUCUGCUCCAAAAUGCCCUUUAAUAACAGGAAGAGCAUCUGCUGUAUAAUUUCCACCAUUAAGAGCUAGACACCAAAAAGAGACAGCAGUCCUGUCAUUACAGAGCGUAACGGAGCGGCGAUUGUGACUCCCACACCCUCGCCUAAUAUCAUUGUACAUUUAGUCAUCAAAACUGCUGAGUCGUGUCCUCCUUAACCAUUUAGACUCCACUUAAGUUGAUCACAAGUUGCUUGUUAUUCUUUUUUGCCUUUGUUACCAGUGCAAUAUGUUACAGAUGUGAGUUUCAUUCAGGUUUUAAGUGCUCGUUAUGCCCAUAACUUGCUCUAAUUCCAUCAUUGUUUAACUUUGUUGAGCUGUAUGAAUUUGUUGGGUGUCUCUUUUAAAAAUAAAGCUGCCUGAUUUGUUUUGAA